AUGUCCAACAGCAGCUCCAUCACUGAGUUCCUCCUCCUGGCAUUUGCAGAUAUGCAGGAUCUGCAGCUCUUGCACUUCGGGCUCUUCCUGGUCAUCUACCUGACUGCCCUCCUGGGCAAUGGCCUCAUCAUUACAGCCGUAGCCUGCGACCACCGCCUCCACACCCCCAUGUACUUCUUCCUCCUCAACCUCUCCCUCUUUGACUUGGGCUCCAUCUCCACCACUCUCCCCAAAGCCAUGGCCAAUACUUUGUGGGACACCAGGACUAUCUCCUACUCAGGUUGUGCUGCCCAGGUCUUUCUGCUUGUUUUUUUGAUUUCAGGGGAGUAUUUUCUUCUCACUGUCAUGGCCUAUGACCGCUAUGUUGCCAUCUGCAAACCCCUAUAUUACGGUACCCUCAUAGGUGGCAGGACUUGUGUCAAAAUGGCAGCAGCUGCCUGGGGCAGUGGCUUUCUCAAUGCCAUGCUGCACACUGCCAAUACAUUUUCCCUUCCCCUCUGCCACGGCAAUGCCCUGAACCAGUUCUUCUGUGAAAUUCCCCAGAUUCUCAAGCUCUCCUGCUCAGAUGCCUACCUCAGUGAAGUAGUGCUUAUUGUGGUUUCUGCAUGUUUACUCUUUGCAUGUUUUGUUUUCCUUGUGCUGUCCUAUGUGCAGAUCUUCAGGGCUGUGCUGAGGAUCCCCUUGGAGCAUGGACGGCACAAAGCCUUUUCCACAUGCCUCCCUCACCUGGCUGUGGUCUCCCUGUUUCUCAGCACUGUCAUGUUUUCUUAUCUUAAGCCUCCCUCCAUCUCCUUCCCAUCCUUGGAUCUGGUGAUAACAGUUCUGUACUCAGUGGUGUCUCCAGCAGUGAACCCCCUCAUCUACAGCAUGAGGAACCAGGAGCUCAAAGGGGCGCUGAAGAAACUGAUCCUACUGGUGGUGAUUAAGAAGAAAUAA